ACAUCCGAUACACAAUGAAAUCUACCGAUCGACAUCAUAAUGCUUGACGGCACAGCCGCGCCGCCUCCUCGUUUUAUAUGGUUUCCUUUACAUUUUAUAUAAGAAAUCAAUCGAGAUAUGGAUUCAGCAUUCCCCGGCGGGAGAUGAACGGAUUCGAAGGAAUUUGAAAAUCAGGAUAACAGUGAUGGAUAGGAAGUAUGCUCCUUGAUAUUGCAUUAUAGAAGCAUCGAUAGAAUAGAUGUCUUUUUAAUGUUUAUCAAUGGCUUCUACCAAAAUUCGAAGUAGAUGAUUACUUAUAUUUAUUUUUAGUUCAAGCUGAAAAAACAUGAACAAGCGACGUACAAGAAACUUUGGAUGAAUUGGAAGUUAUGCGAUGAUUAGUUGCCUAUUUUAUGACAUUGAAUUUAUUCUCUCAUCUUCUCUGUGAUAUGCAGUAUUUACUAUUUCCUGUCGCUCCUAAAAAUAUCUUCACUCUGGUUGCCGUUUUGUUCAGUGAGACAUUGAAUUCGCCAUUUUUAUUCUUAAUUUAGAUGAUUAUAAUUCAAGGGCACAAUUGAUAAUAGACAGCUAUUGCUGAACAACUGAACAGUCGCGAGCAGUAUAAUAUGGCCAUGGUAAUUAUAGCUCCGUAUAGUCACUAGAGCAAACGUUUGCCGAAGGGGAGACAUGUAUUAUUGUGUAUGAAGAUAUGAAAUGAUAUCGUAAUACAAAGAGAGCAACACAAAUCGAUUUGAUUUGUUUUAAUAGAUCAAUAUCUGUUCCGUGUUUGCACUGAGCCAACAUCGACGGUCAUCAAAGUGUCUGUGAUUAUUUCUAUGAUUACGAUCAUCAAUCCACUACAAUCUAUUGUUCAAAUCAGAAUUGUUUUGUUUUGAUGGAUGAUGGAUCAAUAUUUGUGAUGUUAACGUCGAAUCAAGCUCGGGGAUCGUCUACUAUCAGAGUCUAAUAAUUUUAUUAGGAACAUUAUUCCAUACAUUACACACAGUAUACUUCUCGGUAGAUAUUCUGAGAUCAUUUCUUUUUCGAACAUGAUGAGGAGAUACUUGUGAUGUUCAAACUCGGGGACUUUAAUUCUAAAACUGUCGUCACACCCUUUGUCAUUUUUUUUUCGACGGCAUACAACUAAACAUCAUUACAGCGUAAUAUGAUAAUUUCACUACACUCAUCUAAAACAUUAAGUCUGUUGCCAUUGCAAUCAUUCUGCAAAGAACAGAUUAACGCGAAUAGCUCUUAUUGUUUUCACCACUGAAUUGAUCUGCGUUAUCUUUAGAGAAUGCAUUAAUGACUACUAAACUGGGAAUUCGAGAAGAUGAUGAAAUAAUCUUGGCUUAGUUUCCAAGAUGGAUCGAGCUUUGGCACCUUCUCACGCUCCGGACAAAUACGCCUACUGUGAGUGGGUGAGUUGUGAGGCCUACCUCGGCCACCAAACCCUCAAGGACACAGACUGCCGAUCACCCGGAGACCUUGCCCGACUAGCAGCAGAACUUUACCGUCAGCAUCUUCUACGAGGGCGCCGAAGCGGGCGAGAAGUCUACACCCGGGUCAUUCCGCAGAAUAUCCGACUACGCGUAACAACUCAAAUCGACGAUGGCAGCCGAGAGGAUAUUCUUGAUCAGGAGUUCGAUACUGUCAACAUCGCCAGGUGCUCCACCGGUCAUGACCCAUUUCCGCAUGUCGUGGUCUUUGUACACUGCAUCGGCGUUAUUGCGUCGCAAGGAGACGACGUCGAGCGUCGACGGGAUGGAGGUACAUCCACAUCCGAGCCUCAUCUUGAGAUGCGUUGCCAUGGUAUCGCUUGCGCCAACCCCUGGAUCGCAUCCCGUCUUGCCAGGACGAUAUCCUCAGCGUUCGAAGACUCGAGGACGCUGCCCAUGCUGCCGCAGGCCGUGUUUCUGCCACAGGGAAUGCAACAGAGCAGGAAGAUCAGUCGGAACACCGUGAGUACCAUAGCAGCUCCUCCUGCCUAUCAAUCAACAGCUCAAACCUUCGAUCCGUCCAGAGAAAGUAGCCCUCGGGAUCCCUUGGGCGCCGCAGGACAUCACCAGACGCGUCGAAAGGAUGAGAAGAAGGGGCUUCCCGAAGUGGGUGCUUGGUAAAAUCAGGCCCACUAUGAUAAACAUUCUAUUUCAACAAAUGACGAUGUGAAAGGUUGACGACAUUAAUUUGCAAAUCUUGGAUUUGGAGAUUGCUCAUAGCAUGGUUUGGGUGUUGUGAGAUAUUGCAGGCACCGAGAACAUUUAGAAAGGAUGAGUAGCUAGCCGAAAUAGGUACGUGCCUGGUUAUAAAAAUCAAGACCUAUUGAUUUACUCUUCGAUUUAUACAGUGUAAUAAAAGAAUACUAAAAUUCAUAGAAUGUCUACAUUUGCAUAUCAUGGCUUGGUAAUUUGAUAGCUUGUGUGGUGUACAUAUAUAAAGGAUAUUCAUCAGGCACCUAUAAAGGAUAAGAAAGGACUUGGCCGAAGUAGGUGCUUUGUAAAAUCAGAACCUCGUAUCUGAUCGAUUGUAACAUUCAUAUUCACCGAAUGACGAUGCAAAAAGUUGGCAUGCAAAACAUGGCUUUGAAGAUUACUCAAUAGUUUGGUUUAUCACCAUACAUUGGUAGUUUUCUCUUAAGUUAGCCUUGAAACUUGUGAAGGUACCUUCAUGGGACGAGGAUGAGCAAAGCCUGUAUACGAUUCAUCUAUCAUCUUUUAUGAAUUGCAUGUUUGGUUAUUUAUUGUCUAGGCAGAAACAUUAUUGAGUUUUUGCAAUCGCAACGGGGACGGACUCAACAAUAUAGAAAAUAUAUUUAAAUGCCCGUCAAAUGACAAUGAAAACAGCUGAGAGGGUCUUUGUCGAAUAUUAUGUAAUUUUGUUUGUUAUCAAUGAUGAGUUCUAUUCCAGUUGACACCUACAUGACGAUUCUCUACGAAGUAAUUAUGGUUCAUGGUUCAUGGUUAUAAUCUAACCAUUACGCAAACUUUUGUCAGAGGAAUCUUAUGGCAAAGAUUUGGUGGUGAAAGUAUUUCCUUUUUUUUCUUUAUAUUUGUUUGUAUUUGUUGUGGAGUGGAAGCUUUUUCAUGUAAAUUCUCAUUUUCAGUGGCCAUGCCAAUGUUAUGGAGAACUCUUCAAAUGGCACUAAAUCUAGGCGAUCAAGGCAAUCUGGUUUUACUUUAUUUCUUAGCAAAUGUGUCCUAUUUUGUAUAGUCUACUCAAAUUUGAUUUUCGUGUGACAGACUGGGAAAAACCCUAAGAUUAGCACGAUAAGACAUUUAUUGUGAACACAACUCAUAUUGAAAAUGUAAUAUAAUUAAGAUUUUAUUAAAGUUUAAAAAUAUUUAUAUAGUUUCUGUUUUAGAAAUGUUGCUUAUUCCACCUUGCAAAAGAAGUGAUACUACAUGCAUAAUAAACUGCAAACGAAAACUUAAACUAAAAUAUUACGUAGUCAUUAUUGCGGACGAGUACAAUAUCUGUGAAUUACCAUUAUAUUAGUCUUCUCAUUUAGAUAUGUCAUCUUCAGUGAUGAUAUGGUAACAUUCUUGCUUUCUGAAUAUGUUCUAUUACAGCUCAAUAUUCAAAUAGUCAGAGUGGUAUUGAUUGAUUUAUAUAAUUUGACAUUGUAUGG